AUGGCCAACGAUGACAGUGAGCUCCGUCUGACGGACGGCGUGUCUGUGGAGGCGAUCAAGGCCUUCCUCGCAGAUUUGAAGAGCGAGUUCCCCGACACGUACACCGAGAUGACGACGGAGGAUGCCUGCAAGCAGCUCGUGGUCCCACGCACCCAGCAGGACAACUGCGCCUACGUCGAUCUCUUGCGCAAGCAGUCAUCACAUGAACAUGUGGGCAAGGCCACCGUGUUUGUGUCGCACGCAUGGCGAUACAAGAUCGCAGACGUGCUCAGCGUCUUGCUCGAGUUUGCAGAGGAGCAAGCAAGGAAGGAAGACAGCCAGCCAGUCUUCUUCUGGUUUGACCUCUUCAUGAACAACCAAAACGCCAACGUCACCGCCAACCUCCCACAAGAGUGGUGGAGCACGACGUUCAAGGAGUCGAUUGCCAACAUUGGGCGCGUGCUGCUGGUGUUGAUGCCGUGGCGUGAUCCUGUUCCCUUGACACGCGCGUGGUGCCUGUGGGAGAUCUUCUGCGGCAUCAGCAACGAGGGCACAGAGCUCAACAUCCGCCUCCCCAACAGCGAGGAGAAGGCGCUGGAAGAGGCAAUCCGAGAACGCUCGAAGGUGGUGACUGAUAUGCUGGUGCGCGUGCAGGCUGAGCGGGCCGAGGCCUUCAACCCGCGUGACAAGGACAUGAUCUUCAAAGCCAUACGGGGCGGUGUGGGCUUUGCGGCUCUCAACCAGGCCGUGAAGGACCAGCUUCGGGCAUGGUGUCUGGAGAAGGCGGUGGCUGCUGUGGAGGUGAUGCAGGCUCGGGGCGAGGACAAGACGAAAGCGUUUGCUGAGCUAUGCAACCACGUUGGGAACGUGCUGGUCCAGUUUGGCGAGCACGAUCGCGCCAUUGCGUACUACAAUACAGCCCUGCCGAUUCACCUCCGCACAGAAGGAGAUAAAGGAGAGAGUGUGGCAACGCUGUACAACAACCUCGGCAUUGCCUACCGACACAAGAGCGAUUACGACAGGACAAUUGAGUACACCAAGAAGGCCCUCGCCAUCACAGUCGCGUUACGGGGCGAGAAGCAUCCCAGCACGGCCCAGACGUACAACAACCUCGGCAACGCCUACGGCGACAAGGGCGAGUACGACAAGGAAAUUGAGUGCUACGAGAAGGCGCUCGCUAUCAAGUUGGAUACAUUGGCCAAGAAGCACCCGAGCACUGCCGGCACGUAUGGCAACCUCGGCAACGCCUACGUCCACAAAGGCGAUCACGACAAAGCAAUUGAGCAGUACGAGAACGCCCUUGCCAUCGAGGUGGAGGCGUUGGGCGAGAAGCACCCGAGCACGGCAGACACAUACAGCAACCUCGCAAGUGCCUACAGGAACAAGGGCGAGUUUGACAAGGCGGUUGAGUUUGAUGAGAAAGCUCUCGCCAUCAAGGUGGAGACGUUGGGCGAACGUCACCCAAACACAGCGAUGACAUACGGCAACCUUGGCAGCACGUACGCCAGCAAGGGCGAGUACGACAAGGCGAUUGCCUGCUUCGAGAACGCCCUUGCCAUCACAGUGGAGACAGCGGGCGACAAGCACCCAGGCACAGCGAUGACCCUGGCCAACAUUGGCGUGCUGCACGACAAGCGCGGCGAUAAGGAGCAGGCCUGCGCCUACAUCCAGCGAGCGCUCGAAGUGUACACGGCCACGCUCGGGCCAGACCACCCACACACGCGCAUGGCGGAGCGCAACCUGCGGCACAUUCGUGGUGGUACAAUGAACCACCAGGAUUCAUCCACGCAACAAGACGGGCCGGUCUCUCGACUUCAGCAGCGGAACGUGCUUGCACAUCGCAACCUUCUUCUUCGGUUCAUCUCGUCUGCUGCUGUGUACCAGUCGUCUGCUGCACAACGCAACUUGCUCAUGCGAUUUCUCGGCGCAGUCGCAUAUGCUCACGUUGACGCACGACGCCUGGGUAGUCAGGGGGAGGAGACAACAAGUUCCCCGGUUCCCUCUUCUCGGGCAAAUGACUCUGGUGGCUGCUGCAGUGUGCUCUGA